AUGAACCCGUUGUGUAGCAGAUGUGACAAGAUUGUGUACCCUACAGAAAAAGUAAAUUGUUUGGACAAGUAUUGGCACAAAGGAUGUUUCAGCUGUGAGGUCUGCAAAAUGACUCUGAAUAUGAAGAACUACAAGGGCUUUGACAAGAAACCCUACUGCAGCCAGCACUACCCUAAAACAUCCUUCACCAUAGUGGCUGAUACACCAGAGAACCUUCGUCUCAAGCAGCAGAGCAAGAUGCAGAGUCACGUGCUAUACAAAGAGGAUUUUGAGAGGAACAAAGGGAAAGGCUUCUGUGUGGUGGCUGAUACACCAGAACUGCAGAGGGUCAAGAAGACGCAAGAUCAGAUUAGCAAUAUAAAGUAUCAUGAGGACUUUGAGAAGAAAAGUCAGAUGGGUGGAGAGGACUCACCCACUAAUGCCUUCGGCAAUCAGGCUCACUCUCCGAGCUACAACAAUGUUCCAGAGCCUGCGCAUUCAGCUGCUGCUCCACUGCUCUCUAGUGGUGGGAAGCGUUACAGGGCCGUAUAUGACUAUGCUGCUGCUGAUGAGGAUGAGGUAUCCUUUGCAGAUGGCGACUUUAUAGUGGACGUGCAGCAGAUAGACGAAGGCUGGAUGUUCGGACGCGUGGAACGCACAGGACAGCAGGGGAUGCUCCCAGCCAACUACAUAGAGACAAUCUGA